AUGACGUCCCGCGAAGAAACUGUUCUAGCUCCCACCGAUCCCUCUAUUACUGAUGAGAAUGAUUGGUGGGAAUUCGGCCUAACCGAUGUGAAGGUUCUAAAGCCCGGGAAGAUGCUAUAUGCAAAUCUACUGGACGCCACCGAACAGAAUCCAGUGCAGGUGAUCGGCUGCUUAGAGCCGCUUCGUGAGGACCAGGAACACUUAGAAAGCAGCUUGCUGACCAGUCACUCGUUCACCAGUGCUCAAACCGGACAACCCCCUAAGCGCAUUAUUAUUGACGAGGUCACACACUAUGCCUACGGCCAGACUGAAGAUAAGAGCAUUGAGCUCUGGGUAGCUGGAAAGGCGGGCUGGUACGACAUCAUUUCGCCCGCCAAGGGUUUCACACCUACAUACAAUCGCAUAGUUCAGGCCAUUGAUAUGCUGUAUUUCCUGGUCGAUAAGCAUCAGCAAGGAAAGAAACAGAUCAAUCCCUCUUUCAGGAAUCUCUGUGAACAAUACAUCUACCACACAUAUGGUUCAUGUGAGACCCGAGAGCAAUCAGCUGAGGUCUUUGCGACACACGCUGUCUUCUUGCUUCGCUGCAUGAUUCAAGGUGAUUCAGAUGUGGAAUGGAAGAAGACGAAUGUUUUCGUCCAUCUGCGUCGCCAAUUUCAUGAUGAAUAUAAUAGGCUGAUGGAGGAACUUUCACCCUCAGAGGCAAGCGAACCCGAAUCCCAAGACGAACCAGAAGUGGCAACUCCUCGACGUCAGCCUGCAGCAAUCUCAAAAUCACAAGCCGAUGCCAUCUAUCAGUUACUCAAGGACCUCAGAGAAGAAGGUCACCUAGCAAAGCGUCGCCUGCAUAUUGACCUCCUGGGAGAACGCUUGGCAGAACGAUUCUCUACCAGCAACGAAGAUGCCCAGAAGAUUAUUUCCAUCAGGGCAGCUGCCGUACUGGAAAUGAUGGAUGAGGAGGACUUCAGAUGGGCUCGCUAUGUCAUCCAUCGGGAACUGACGCAUGCGUCUACGAAAUCCGCCCCUCUGCCAGCUGCACUCCUAAUCCCCCUGGAUCCGCAGGAAGAGUCUAGCGACGAUGAGCGUUACGGCAGGACUCAGAAGUCUGUGCUACGUCCAAAAGUCCACACAGUCUCCAAUAAAGUGACCGGCAAGAGAAACCGCAACGCCUCCACAAACCAGCAGACAGUCGAAUCCAACGACGAGGAAGACCAAGAGGAUAAUGAGGAAAUCGAUGAGAUCGAAACACCCAGCAAAACCCGUGGCCACGAAUUAAUCAGAGAUCCAUUCUCAGCCACAAAGCCUCGGACUCGCUCAUUCUUGGCAGCUUCCUCCAGCGGCGCCAGCUCCUCUCUUAUGAAGAGCCUGUUCAAGGACAAUAUCAAAAAAGACAAACCCCAGACUCCUCCUGUAUCUUCCUCGCCAUUAAGUCAAAAGCUCCUGACCCCAGAGCGGGAUUCAACUCCAGAUACCUCACAGGGAAUUGAAGAUCUCAUCGACGAGACAUCUGGUACUUGGACAUGCCGCAUGCCGGGAUGUGAGAAGGUGAUCUCGAUCACCGACAUAGUCGAGCGCAAGAAGCUUAUUGGGGACCAUGCCGGAGAGCACGAAUGGGAAACACAGAUGAAGGUCGAGCUGAUGGAAUCGGAGAAACGCAUGCAUUCUUCUUUCCCAGUCAGCAACCUCAUGCAAUAUGUCAUUGACGCACAUGUGAUACAAAUGCGCGCUGCAUUCCCGGAGUUUUAUUCUGCAAGUACCAAAGAAAAUGGCACGGCUCAGAAUGGCGAACAUGUCCCGAAUGGAGAGACAUCCAUUCCAAAGCCCGAGGGAUUAGAAGAGCCGAUUGACGAGGACGAAGAGGAUGAUGAAGAUCAGGAGCUUGAAGAUCUUGUGAACGGCUACACUUGA